AUGGCACCAAUAACUUCUUUCAUCAAAAUCCAUCCCCGCUAUGUGGUGCCGGUCAAGACGUAUGUGAAUAGGAAGGAGAUCCAGAAGAAUAUCAGUGAGCUAUCUCUGGACCAAACAACGGUGAAUCUAUCCCGUGUGGUACGAAUCACGCUUUCCAAUAAAGACUUGCGAUUAUUGUAUGAGGAGAUCAAGCUGACGCUGCUGCCUAUAUUGAUGGAUUAUCCUAUGGAACAUAUCAGGUCCAUCUCUACAACGGUGUCUGGAGGCAAAAUGAGGGUCCCGAUCAGCACAGAUACAUGGAAAUGCUAUUUGGAGAUCACAGAGGCGGAAAUACAAGAGUUACGUCAAUUAUUACAGUUCCAAGACGCCUCUGGACUGGUGAGGUCGUGGCUGUUGGUGAAAGAUCGUGUUUUCAAGCCCCAAACGGAACAAUUGGCGUCGUUUGGACUCGACCAAGACGAUGAAGAACAGGACGAAAAGAAGACAUUGCGCAUCAAAUACCGACACCCCCAGAUUUUACCGGUGUCGCUCUGCGUUUACGUUUACGCAACUACCAAGUCAUGA